AUGGCCCACUUGUCAGGAGUGGACACCCUCUUCCAGGUGCAGGGCGUGCAGCUUCUGCUCAGGAUCAGUAAUGGUACAGAGACGUCCAACAUGUCUCAGUCAGCACUGAUGGUGUGUGUCCUCCUCCUGCUGCUUCCUGCAGUCAAAGGUUUUCAGUCAAAUGAACAGGAAAGACUCUGUGCCUUCAGUAACAGCCUGCAGGAGGCGGAGUCUGUCUCCACCAAUGAGCUGCGAGGAGAGGUGCUGGAGAACGGCACGAUUCGCUGCAGCCGUGGCUCCCGCUGCUAUGGAUUGUGGGAAAAACGAAAGGAUGGAGAGAUGAAGCUGCUGAACCAAGGAUGUUGGACUCAUGUUGGACACCAGCAGGAGUGUCUUGGCAGACACUGCAUCCUGGAGACCGCUACGCCUUCUCAGAUUCACAGAGCCAACUACCACUUCUGCUGCUGCAGCCACGACCUCUGCAACUCUGACUACACAGAGGCUCCGCCUACUGCUGACUCACCUGCCCUCAAGCACAUGAGGAAAGAUGAUCAGGACAGCAGACACAAAGACAGACGUCUGACGCAAAAGGAGAAGAUACUCGUUGCCCUGGUAACCGUUUCCACUGCAGCUAUUGUCAUCAUGGCGCUGUUCCUGGGGUACCGUGUGCUCAAAAGGAAACAGAAGCUUCGUCUGACUGCCGUAGAUGGCAUGGAGGCCGGAAACACAAACUCUGCUGUCGACUUUGACAACCUCAAACUGAUGGAGCUGAUUGGUCGAGGCCGUUACGGCGCCGUGUUCCGUGGCUCUCUGAAGGAGCGCCUCGUGGCCGUUAAGGUCUUCAGCUCGACCAGCAGGCAGAACUUCAGCAACGAGCGCUCCGUCUACAGCCUGCCGCUGCUCCAACAGCACCAGAACAUCGCCCGCUUCCUGGGCGCUGACGAGAGGACGGCAGCUGACGGGCAACCCGAGUUCUUGAUCCUGAUGGAGUUCUACCCACAUGGCAGCCUUUCUCGGUUCCUGUCUGUCCACACAGUGGACUGGUUGACAUGCUGCCGGAUGACCCACGGUGUGACCCGAGGACUCUCCUUCUUGCACUCUGAACUGGACAGAGGAGACCAGUACAAACCAGCGGUGGCCCACAGAGACCUGACCAGCAGGAAUGUUCUGGUCCGGUCCGAUCUAUCCUGUGUCCUCGCAGAUUUUGGAUUGUCCAUGAAGGUAACAGGAGCCAGGUCCAGUCUGUCUGGAGAUGACGACACCUUGACCAUAUCUGAGGUGGGGACGGUCCGGUACAUGGCUCCGGAGCUUCUGGGCGGAGCUCUGAACCUGAGAGACUGUGAGUCUGCGCUGAAACAAGUCGAUGUCUAUGCGUUGGGGCUGCUGUACUGGGAGAGCUUCAGAAGGUGCUCUGAUCUGUUUCCAGGUGACAAUGUUCCAGAGUAUCAGCUGGCAUUCCAGGCCGAAGUGGGGAACUGUCCGAGCGUUGAAGACAUGCAGUUCCUGGUGGUCCAGCAGAAACUCAGACCCGGAUUCCCUGAAGCCUGGAAGGAGAACAGCCCGGCGCAGCGGUCCCUGAAGGAGACCAUAGAGGACUGCUGGGAUCAGGACUCUGAGGCUCGACUUACCGCUCAGUGUGCCGAGGAGCGUCUGGUCGAACUCACACUGCUGAGCUCGCACACGAUGCUACACAUCAACACAACGCAACACAACCACAGGAAUCUGUCUAAUGGCUGCUGGACCUCUCAGUUUGGCUCCGCCUCCUCAUACAUUGAGGAUCUUCAGGUGGACAUGGUCAGAAAUCUCCAGGGAGACAGGAAGUCAGCACCAGUUGUCAUGAUGACCUCUGGUGGAGUAGAAGGUGUGAAGAAGAACUGGAAGUCCAUCAACUCCACACGGCAGCAGGAGCAGGUAGAAUCAUGGACCUCAGACGACAGCAUGGUGUUCUCCAACAGCCUGAGGAUGGACUCUGUCAUCUGCACUGUCUCUGAGUCUCAGCUCAGCGGUGGUGCCAGGACCAGUGGUCUGCUGCAGCUCACAGAAGAAGACCUGGAGGCCACCAAGCUGGACCCAAAAGAGGUCCAGAAGAACCUGAGGGACCGGUCUGAAGAAAACCUGAUGGAGCACUCACAGAAGCAGUUUGGGUCAGAACCACAGACCUCCAGCCUGCUGGACCUUCAGACACCUCACCGUACAGAGGGGAUUCCAGAGUCUUUCUCAUCAAUCCAGAACCUUCUUAAGCAGCAGAACCUGCCCCAGAGGCCCACCUGUCUUCACCUGCAGUCCAAACCUAAGGAGAUUGGCUCAGUGUCCUCUCAACUGAAGCAGGACCCCCCCCGAAAAGUGAGACAGGUGGAAACAGGUGUUGCUAAGAUGAACACAGUGAAAGUUGGCCCACCUGCAGAGCCACACCUGGUUACCACGGUUACCAACAUGAGAAACAUCAAUGCAGCAGGGAGAGACGUCCACCGGAGUUGCAGUGCCGGUGUUCCUACCUUGGUGACCAACUGGACCACAGGAGACGGAAGAACCAACCCUGCAGGCCCUCAGGAGGAGGAGGAGGAGGUGGCAGGGAUGGGAGAAGGAGAAGGAGGAGGAAAGCACCUGAAUCUCCUUCACUUCAGUCCUGAUGAGGAAGAACCUCUGUUGGAGAGAGAGCAGCUUCCUGCAGAGACAGAACCUCCCCGUCCUCCUCAAAGGUGGGCUGGAGGACAUGGACCUAACUCCAACAACAACAACAACCGACUCACACCGGGCUCAGAGCUCAGCGGGCCUGACCCCGAACCACAACCAGAAACCAAGAUCAGUGGACCUGGUGAACAGAAGGUUCUGCUCUCUGGUCCAGCAGCCCCACAGGCCCCUCCCACUACCUGUGACAGAGGCUCAGAUACCAGUCCAUGUCAGGAAGGUCCAGAAAUUGGUUCAUAUUCAGAACCACCAGGAUUCCAGACCUCACAGGAAGAAAACCUGGUUCCUGAAGCUUCUUGUUCUGGAUCUUUGACCUCAGAUACACUAACCCUGGAUCAGAAACCUUCACCACCAGAACCUGCAGGAGUUCUAGAACCUCAUACAGGAGCUUUAGAACCUGCUCUGGAAAAAACUUCCACAUCUGAACCGUUAGAUCUACAGAACCAAGCUUUAGAUCCUCAGAUACUGGGUCUGCUGCAGGUCCAGUUGAGACCAAAGACUACCAGGAGACCAGAGCGUCCCUGUUCUCUAGACCUGUCCUGCCUCUCCUCAGGUGAUGGUUUUGUGCCAGACUCCGGUAGUCUGAGCGCCACAGGAGAAAAGAUCAAACGUCGUGUAAAGACGCCCUACACCCUGAAAAAAUGGCGGCCGGCCUCGUGGGUUGUUUCUGCAGACUCUGCUCUGGAUCUGGACUUUGAGUUCAGCUCCACCAAUGGUGGUCAGAUUCAGUCCUCCUCCAGUGCCAGCAUGAACCAGUCCAAAUCUAGCAUGGCAGUAUUCCUUGUUGGAGGAGGAGCCACAGCAACAACAACCUCUGACCCUGACAGGAUGACCCAGUUCUAA